UCCAUAACAUAGAAGAGUUACACUACGAUUUAACACUCUAUAUUGACGAAUAAUAUCGGGAUUAAAAAAACAACAAAAACGCAUACGACAGAGGACAAAGGUUGAAAAGAAUGGACAGUUACGGUGUUACCUUAUUGCUAGUUUCAACCGCCUUUGCUGGCAUUUAUUUUUUAGGUCUCCCAAAUCCCUACACAUUACUGGAGCUGUUUGUGAAAUUUAUUCUACUCCUUGGUGUAGCCACCUUUUUCAUUCAAAAUGGAGCAUCAUGGCUGAAGAAAUGGCAGCAAAGCAAAAGGAAUUCUGAAAAUUCUGAUAUUGACCCAAACAAGUAUGAAAGCAAAGAAAGGAGAUAUAAAGAAAAAAUUCAAGAGGAGCACUUAAAAAAGACAGAAAGCUACAAAACAAGAAUUCUUAUUCCAAGGGAAGAAAAAAAGGAAAAAAUGAAAGAGGAAGAAUUUCUGCGAUUUCAGGGUCCAGCCUGGAAAGGGGAGGGUCAUGAACUUGGGGGGUCUCGAAAAUCAAGGGAUGGCACAUCUGAGGAUGCUGCCAGAAACCGCAUCUUACCAGAAAAUAUCAACCAAGAUGCAGCAGAGAGAGCACGGCAAAAAAUUAACCAACGCCGGAAGAAACAUACUAUAGAAUUACCAGAAGAACCAGAGGAGGAAAACCCAAACUGUACAACUGUCUGUCUGCGUACACCACUAGGACUAAAACAGCGGCGAUUUGACAGGGAAAACACAAUACAGAAUGUGUUGGACUACAUGACAUCCUUAGGAUUUAGUCAGAGGCAUUACACUGUGUCAACAUCUUAUCCCCGCCAGAGCCUACAGGAGCAAAGGGAAACAACUCUGGCAGAGAUGGGAUUUUAUAGUAAAAUUGUUCUGAAUGUAGAAGAAAUAGAAUAGUGCUUAGAGAGUAAAUCUGCUGUUACAGUUCAUUUCACCCAACUGUGAUAUUAUUAACAGUUCAUUUUAUUUUGUAUGGUAUGAAAUCCAUAUUACACACAACAACAAAAUUGUAAAUGAGAAAGCAUUUAUAGGUGUUCUGAUUUAUUUUGUCGGAUAUCGAUUGCUGUGUGUUUAGUCCAUUGUUGUGUAUCUUUUAAUAAAAUCUUAAUAUGGGAUGCAUACGUCACCACACCUCUGACACAGAAGUCAGCCCUGGGGCAGGGGCUUUGAUGUUUGAUUGGAUCUCUUUUGGUUGUAUUGUAAACAAGUUUUAAUUCAUUGAAAAUUUCUCCCCUGGUAUGAAUUCAAAAAUUCAUUUAAAAAAGCCUCCAUGUUAUCAUAACAAUACUCUUCCAUAACCAACACCCUUCCCCACUACAUAAAAUGAAUGUAGUUUUACAUGUAUUUAAUAAUGCACCUGACAGUGCCUUCUGGGUUUUCAUAACAUCUCCUCUCAUCAGCUGAGUCCCCACUCCCCCUCUUGAUAUUUCAUGAAUUGUGCAAUCAACAUGUUGCAUACAUUUAUCGAUAAUUCCCACAAAAAUACUGGUCAUAAUGUAAAAAAAAUUCUUUGUUUUUAUUUAUACUAUAAUAAUGGGCAUUGAUGUUCAGUUGGGUCUUUAAAAUCUGUUACCUUAUUUUUUUCAUGCAUCAUCAAUAAAGUAUUUAUGCACAAGUAUUGCAGUGAUUGUUUGAGUCCUCAACAUGGCUGUAUUUUACUCAAAAUUUAUAUAGUUGGGUACUUGUCUUGUUUUAAGUUGUUGUUUAUUUUUACCGUAAAUUAUAUUUUUAAUAUGGUAAUGGUUUCUCUUUUUUCAUACAUGAAGUGUUUAUAUAUAUACAAUAACAUGAUUUUAUGACAUAAUAGGUCAAUGGUUGACCUUUAUUACAUUUUAACACAAUGUUUUAUAUAGUUUUAUGGAUAAUUUGUUAAAGACUUAUUAAAUUUUAUUAGUGGUGUAUAAGAAUUUGUUAAGUUUGUAAGAUCUUUACUUCAAAGAUUAUGUUCUUUUGCAUUAUAAUGUAGCAAAUACAAUGUAUAAUGUGGAAUUUGAAUAAAGACUGAAAUUUAUAAA